AUGCGCUUCACACUUGCCACCAUCGCAUCCCUGCUCCUCGCCACUGGCAGUGCGCUGCGCAUCACCAAUCCCACUGCUUCCACCGUUGUGACCCCCGGCGAGGACCUCACCAUCAGCUGGGACGAUGUCAACGAUCUCUCAACCGUAUACCCUUACCUAUGGCACUACCAAGACUCCCCCGACAACGGCUGGUACGAGCCAAUCGGGAACCUGAUCUAUCUCCAAAUCCAGAGUAUGGAUACUGUUUCCUGGGAGACGCUCCAGAGUGCGAUCGCGGAUCAUUCGGGCAAUGCGGCUAGCACCAGCUAUCAAAUCGCUCUCCUUACACCCGAGGAGGCCCAGC